GCCUGUAUCAUCUUUUCUACAUGUCUAACCCUGUACAUAACACUUCCUCCUCCACAUAAAGACAAAAAGCCCAUCAACAUAACCAGACGCACCAAUGGACUGCAGUUUCGACCUCGAAUCGGUCUUAUCAACACCCUCAGCGAGAGUCGAGCCGCCCCCAUCCUGCAGUGUCGCGGUUCGACUCCCGCUAAGGGUGUUGAUGAUACCGAUGCGAGUUCGAAACUCCAGUCCACUUAA